CGUCGAUCAUCGCUCGACUGCCUCGGGCCAUUGACCUUUAAAGCCCCAUCGACGGUCAGCUGCUCGACCAAAAUACCACCACUUAUUUCCCUUUCGAAGGCGCUUUCCAGCUCAGCAUGUAAAGAUAAUAGGUUGAAGGAUGCGAGUGGCACUCCGACGGCCUUGCUGAAAUUUACCAAGCUUUUCUGGCCUUGUUAAAAGCGUCAGUCGACCAAACACCUUUGCGUGGAGCUGCCGCGCGGUGCCAAAAUGAGGAUUUUGUGUAGCGUAAUUUUCGUCUCGACGUGCUUGGUGGGCCACUACGAAGGGGCCUCUAAUUAUUUAAAAACGGCCAGGGAAGGUCAUCGAGGAACUACCGUGUCUGAUGAUCAAGUAAAGAAAAUCGCUGGCCUCGAAAAUGCAGCUGAUUUUAAGACUCUGCUCGACCCAAUCAUGAUACCUAGAGUGGUUGGAACGGCAAACCAUGAAAAUGUUAAAAAGUAUUUGAUGGACACAAUGGAAAACCUUGGCUGGCAAGUAGAGGAAGAUGCCUUCAGUGCAACCACACCGAUGGGACGUCUGAAAUUUGGAAACGUCAUUGCUCGGCUGAACCCACAAGCAGAGCGGUUUUUGACUUUGGCUUGUCACUACGACUCAAAAUACACAAGGGAAGGUGAUUUUAUUGGUGCAACAGACUCGGCCGUCCCUUGCGCAAUGCUUUUGCAUUUGGCCUCUUCCAUGGACUUGUAUUUAAAGAAGAAUUCUUUGGAGCAGGCUGACACUGCAUUGAAAAGUAGGUCAAAAAGGGCCAAGCAAACUAAGCUUAGGAGGAAAAAGAAACCUAACAAUUUAAACAAGAGUACUGUAAGCCUGAAGUUCAUUUUCUUUGACGGUGAGGAAGCAUUUAAAACAUGGGGACCUAAUGAUUCCAUCUACGGAGCCAAGAAUUUAGCUCGGAAGUUGCAAAAGUCUUCUUUUAGAGCUGGUAAUGGCGAAGAAGCAAAUCACUUAGAUCGAAUGGACAUGCUUGUGCUUCUUGACCUGAUUGGCGUUGAGUUUCCAAGUUUCUACAAUUACUUUGCUGACACUGACAGAUGGUACAAACACCUCGUCGGCGCCGAGGAUAAACUAGCAAAGCAGCGCUUGCUGGAGCAGUACAAUUACGGAUUUGAUGGUUACCCAAAGCACAGAUACUUCAAUCCGCAGUCAAUCUACGCAGGCAUCGAAGAUGACCACAUCCCUUUCCUUAGGAGAGGAGUUCCAAUCCUCCACUUGAUACCCUCGCCAUUCCCAACAGUCUGGCACAAGUCAGGUGACAACUAUUCUGCUCUCGACUUCAGCACCAUUGCAAAUUUGAAUAAGAUUAUGCGAAUAUUUGUGGCCGAGUACCUGUCUCUUAGUGUUUAGAAUGGUUUUCCUUCCUUUAAAUUGGCUCGGACUGAAAAUUUUAUUUAGAACUUUUUUAUUGAUGUGAUUUGGAAAAAUUAUUUUUUUAAUAAAAAUUAAAUAUUCCCAUCGUUGUUCUAAAAGUGAGAUAAAAAAAAAUUAAUACUCUAGAUGUACAGCAUUCCAAA